GCCUGUGCACCGAAUGGUGUGUCCUGAACGUCAUAUGGGCCGUUCAGACUGCGAUUGGCUCCAAGAGUCUCACCAGACAGAUUGUUUUGACCGCUUGCCCGUCUGCGCUGUAUGAAUAGUCCCAUUGCAGGAUGUGACCUAAUGAUUCCGCACAUACAAUGUAAAGCAACUGGCAACCUGAAAAGCGUUGCCUGCACCAAGUUCCCCCCCCGCCUUGUUUUCUACAGAAGCUUGGCAUUUAAUGGUGCUUAGUACUAGCGCUGCUCAAAACUGGACGGGCCGUAGAAGCGCCGCCAAUUUAGUGUAAUUCCUGCCACUUGCCCUCCCCCAUACCAAAUGUCAAGGAUCGAAGAAACUUGCUGGUCAUGCAGUUGCACCCGGGUACAUCCGUCUGAAAGCAACGGCACGCUGCUGGUGGCAAAGGUCUACGAGAUGAUGACCAUCGUCAGCUCGAUCCUGGGCAGUGCCUACUGCUCCCUGGUCAGCGGGCACACCAUGAACUUAGUGCGGCGGGGCUUGGUGCUUUUCACCGUGGGAGUGUUUCUGGCUCUGGUGUUGAACCUGCUGCAGAUCCAGAGGCACGUCACCCUGUUCCCCGAAGAGGUCAUUGCCACAAUUUUCUCCUCUGCCUGGUGGGUACCGCCUUGUUGUGGCACAGCGGCAGCUGUGGUAGGUCUGCUGUAUCCCUGCAUUGACAGCCACCUUGGAGAGCCUCACAAGUUCAAAAGAGAGUGGGCAAGUGUCAUGAGAUGUGUAGCAGUUUUCGUUGGCAUCAACCACGCAAGUGCCAAAUUGGACUUUGCCAAUAACAUGCAAUUGUCUUUGACCCUGGCAGCCCUCUCAUUGGGUCUCUGGUGGACAUUUGAUCGCUCUCGAAGUGGAUUUGGACUUGGCCUUACGAUAGCCUUUGUAGCAACCUUGGUCACUCAACUAUUGGUGUAUAAUGGCGUUUACCAGUACACCUCACCAGAUUUCCUGUACAUUCGCUCUUGGCUGCCAUGUAUAUUCUUCUCCGGAGGAGUGACUGUCGGAAAUAUCGGAAGACAGCUGGCCAUGGGAGUUUCUGAAAUUGCACACAAGGAUUGCCUUGAGAAGAUGCACAAGGAUUGAGUGUUAGCCAUGAGGAAUGAUAAUGGUGCCAAUGUAGAUACUUCGUGUGGGAGUGCACAUAUAUACACUGGGGAGACGAGUAGGUGCUAUAUAUGAUGGAGGAUGUGAUUACUGCAUGAUAUUCAUAAAAGGGAAAAUUUUGCAAUCUGUGAUUGCCUUUGUACAAUUAAUUUGUUUCUCAACAUUGAAGAUAUUUCUGUUGCAAUCUGUACAUACCAGGUCUACUAAGUGUAAUCAUUUAGUCUGUGUAUGAACUGCAAGGCCAUUACUCUGUUGCUACAGCAGACCUAAGUAGCAAGUAUUAGAUCUGCUUGAUGAAAGUGCAAUGUUCACAGUACCUGAGUCUCGUUGUAUAACUGCACCCUAUUUAUUUUCUUUUCUCCGGUUCAUUUGUAUAAUAUACAAUGUGCGCGUGUCGGGGAAGGGGUUGUGGGUUGGGGUGUCCAUCUCUUUGUCUGGCGUGAUUAGAAUUGGAAACAGAGAUGUUCUGUCUUUUUUUUUUUCCCUCCAGCCUGUUAUUCAGUCCCUGCGAGUGAUGAUAAGUGUUCAUCAGAGUUUAGCUGCUGUGUCACAGUGUGUAUUUGUACAGUGGAGAUAUAUAAUCCUAAGGGACGUACACAGUGCUGAACAGAAGGAAGUGAACUCUCUCUCCCUCAAGCUCGAAGUCUCCACUUGAAUCUAUAUUGAGACAGUCACACAGUGAAGCAGCGCUUUAUCACUUGACCAAUGAAGUGCAGUGAAGCAGCGCUUUACCACUUGACCAAUGCAGUGCAAUAAAGCAGUGACAGAAUACUUCCAUGCUUUGGGCUUCGUCAGCCUGGAGCUGUCACUGCUGCGAGAGUGAAGUGAUUUUAUUUUGUUUGGUUUUUGCAGUGUUAGUGUUUCCGAUCUGAUCCAAUCAGCGCAUUUUCUCACCUGUCGAUAAGAUGAUUCAUCAGAUUUUUGUGAUUUAAAUGUUUUUUUUUCCUUCUUUCACUGUUCCCAAUAAAAAUGUACAGUAAUUGUCAAA